AUGCGGGAGUGCUUAAGUAAGUGUAGUCCUUGCUUUCUUCGUGGUACAAAUGUCAUUGAGUUGGUACCGCCUGCGUCAAACACUGGCACUAGCAUAAAGAAAGGAUCUUAUUGGAGCAAUGAAAAGCCAAGACUUUCUAUCAAGAGAAGUUCUUUAAUGCCAGAUUUGUCAAAACAUCAAAACCCUACAAGGAGCAGACGAACUGACCCCGUUUUGUCAAAGGAUAAUCAUUCAGAAGAGAGUAUUGAAGUAAGAACAUGUCGGAUGUUCAAAGAAAAACAAAAUUUGCUGAGAAAAUUUCAAGUGAAAUCGGUAAGCAAUUUUAUUCUUCACAUUGAGUGAAGUAAAGCCUGAGAAGUAUCCGAAUUCCUGUCGGGUGUUUCGUCGUUUGUUUCGAACUCAACAUUUGAGCCCAAUCAUAUACAAAACAACAAGUUGUUAUUGUAGGGAUAUCCAUAAUUAAAAUGGUGGUAAUUAUAUAUAAAUGGUGGUAAUUUUUCAUGACCGAUUACAAUUUAUUGUUUUGUUAAUUCAAAUCUUGAAGUACAUGUACAAGAAGAUUUAUUUCGGAAUAUGUUUUGCAAUAUACAACUUUAUUCCAUAUAGAAACAUAUAACCUUCUUACAUGCAUGCAUGCUUUUAUAUAUUAUGCAUUGCGUUCUGUUUUAUGGUUAGUAUGUUUGGGCAUUUCCAGAGUUAAAGGAUACACCAAAUUAAACCGUCAAGACUGGCGAAGAUUCUGGUCAAGUAUUCCAGUUUUUAUUUCCUUAUAUCUUUGUCAAUUAUAAUUUAGGUGACGCCUCAUGAUUGUGCUAUACAACUACCAGGUUCAACUCUGAGUUCUCAAAAGACGGUUAAUGCGAAUAUCCGAACGUUGAAAUGUGAGUUUCUUAACUUUUAUUUCCACAGCAAAAUACAGAUUGAGAAGUAAUUGAGUAUAGUAUAUAGAUUGGCAUAGGUGAAGAUUUUGAGAUGAGCCAAUGGUAUUGAGCACUCUCCAACUUUUAAAUUCGUGAAACAUGUUAUUGUAUAUGUAUAUAUGUGUACCAGACUGAGUAUAUUUUACGUCGGAAUUAAUAAACGUAAAUUCUAGCGGAAUAUGGGUCUAGUUCUGUGUCACAUAAAACUUUAAAUUUAUUAAAAUACGUUAAUUCAUGUUCAUUUAGUACUAAGAACGAAAAAAAAAGUGACGUGUGGAACAAUAGAAAAUGUUGUUGCAGACAAAAAAGAGUCGUCAGAAUCUAUUCUGUGUGUUCCAGACAAUGUUUGCCAAUCCCAGGGCCCAUCUAGGCAAGACAGUGAACUACAGUUGGUACUAGAGGGUCUCAAGGAUAAAGAUGGUGAAGAGGUGAUUAUAGACAUGACCAUGACAGUUUUUUUGGUUCUUGUAUUGUCAAGUCUUUUUUAAAAAGGAAAGUACGUACUGCUAUAAGUUUCACUAAAUAUAAGCCAUUAAGCCCUUCUGGAUGUGGACACCUCCAGAGAAUCUAAACGAGAAAAAAGCGGCAUGAGCUUCUUGGCGUUUCGAGCAAACGUCCCUCGUACGUUAGGCGACGUUCUAGUAACUGUAACUAACUGGCUGCAUGACCUGUCCAUGCACUGCAGUUGGUUAUAUUCUAUCCCAUAUAUGCAUGCCCGUCGCUGGGUUAAAUAUUUUCACUAUGUGUAUUUCUUGCUUACUGUUAAACUGAUAAAAUGUUGAAAUAUGACUUUCGCUAAUCCGUUUAGUCUGUAUUGAAGUUGAACGACGGCCGAACUAUCAAGCCGUGUACUAUGGGAUAUCGUUGGCUGGCGGAACUUCAGACUCAGAAAAAAAUAUCCAAAAAGAAAAAGAUGGAAAGCUACGGAGGUAAUGAUCACACAAACUGGAUUGUUUUACCUUGUGUAGAAAAUGUACGUCCUCACCGAAGGACGCAUCAUCUGGAAAUGUGAUCAGAUGUACUGUGGUCGAAGCGAGAGAAAACCCAGAUGAAAGUCUAUCAGGCAACAUUCUUCAUAACUUUCUAACAAAGUUAGUGAAUUUGGAUUGAUUUGAAAACAUUUCAAAAAUUUGAGCUUUCCAAAACUGUGCUAAUCUAUAUAAAAUAAUUAUAUUUCUAGUACUAGUGGUCACAUCAGCCACUCUUCGAAGUAUAUCGACUUCCCUCGCCAGGAGAGUUAAUGGAGGAGGAAAUUCUACAAAAAAAUGUUUCGCAACUAUAGGAAUUGCACAAUAUAUAAAAAUGGCUUCUGUCAGCGUUGUAAAAAUUACCAAAAAAAGUAAUGCGUAAAAAUUGCAAUUACCUCUCGGAAAAAGCAAUUAUUACGAAUUACUUUCGUUCAAAAGUAAUUAAUUACGAAUUACUUAAUUAUUUGUCAGAUUACUUUUAAUGUGGCGCUAGUAAGAUUAGUUGAAUUGGUAGAAAUAUUAAAAUGCACCUAAGCAGCGGAACAGACGAUCAACUUCAAAAGCAUAAAUUUUCUUCUGAUAUUUCGAGAAUUGGUAUGGUUGGGAAAUAAUAAAAAGUACACAGAAGUAACACUAAAUUGCUUUCUGCAAAAUGUUAUACUCGUUACCUUAAAGUAAAAAAUAAUUAGUUACGUUAGAAAAGUACUUUCAUGCAGCAACUCUAAUAAAUUACCGAAAAAUUACUCAAAGAGUAAGUCGCAAUCAGUGACUUUAGUAACGAAUAUAACAACACUAAAUUUUGUUUGUAUUUUUUCAUCCAGAUUAAUUAUUUUAAAAGUUUUAAUUAUAUGUACUAUUUACAACAUGAGCGCCCGUGUUGUAUAUCGGGUAUACAAGUUAACUAUGACAAACUUGAGCCGAAGGCGAUAAUUAAUCAUGAUGAACAAAUAGAAACAAAUGAAUAAACCUGGAUUCAAACUUUUUAAAUAAAACUAAAUUAGCAAACAAAGUUGGAUUACUAAAUAAAUACAUAAUUUUAGAGUUUGUUUCUGGCCUGGUAAAAGCAGCCAAGAAAGUCAGAGACGGGAAAAAUUCUAUUGAGAAUGUGAACGACACACUCAAGUAUCUUUAUGAUAAAAAACAAGACAGAAAUUCUCAAAGAAAUACUUCAAUAAAGCACAAAUCUAGUGAAGUGCCUGGGGUAAGGUCUGUACACGUUUUGCGUAAACGUCUGAAUUGCAUGUGUAUAAAUGUUGUAUAAACUAUAAAGGAUAUAAAUGCAUGCCAUUGUUCAGUAGCCAUGCAUUGGUAGGUAGUUUGCAAUAAUAAUGUCAAUAUUACAUUACAUAUAUAAAGGCUGCAUGAGUGUUUUCCAGUAUAUGAAAUGAUCACAACAUUGAGUGCACUGCAACCUGCAUAUGUCCACUGCCUCAAUUGAGAACACACUUCGAAAGUGCGGGUCAACUAUCACCUUGUAUUUAUGCAUGUGUUUAGCCGGACUGCAAUUAUCAUCAUCACUCUUUUCACAGAAAUACAACCGAACUGGAAAGCAAAAUGAAGAAAAAUCGGAAGAAAAUAUUUCCCUCAGGUCGUCAACACCGACAGAUAUCACGAAUAACGAUUUUGGUGAGUGAAGAUUUACAUUGCAUGCAUUAUGCUGGUUGAACUUUUUGAAGAAAUUAAUCGGCGCAUGGGACGUUUUAAUAUUUAAGGCGAUUCAUCAGUAAUUGUUCCGGAAAUGAGAAUUUGCUGAAACUUCCCAGGGGUGAAGUUUAUGAUAUGCUCAUAGUUACGAAUUACAGGAGCAAUCACAAUUGCUCAACCGUUAAUUAUUGAAUUUUUUUAACAAGGAUCCUACUAAAAAUGUCUAUAUCAAGUGAUUACAUACAAGAAAACAUGGUAUUUUAGAGAAUCAAAAAACCAUUGACGUGCAUUGUCGUAGUGCAAAGAUGUCUUUUCCCAGUUCUCUGCAUGACAUGUUAUUUUGGGAAGCAUGCGCGAAAAAUGUAAAAUAUUAUAAGUUGUAGAAAUUAUUUUUCUCUUAUUUUCCGAUAUGACAUGUAAAACGUACAGAAGAACAAAAAUAUUGAAAAAGUAUGGUCACGGACCUUCUUAAAGAGAUACAUGGCUUAAACAUGCAAUAUGAUGUGGAUUCGUGUUAGUUGCACAGUGAGCCCUAGCCGAAGUUCUGUAAUUUUUGAAGGUUUUCUGAAGCACACCUAAUCAAUGCAGAGUGUUUUUCUCAUUGCCCUUACUCUUUCUUUAUCACUUUACAUUGCAGUUCGACUACAUAUGCUAGCUAGAAUUUGUUAUUAGAUAUGCGCAGUGAAAGUGCGCAAUGCAAAACUGAUGAAUCACAUAAUUUGGAAUAUUAAAAGCGAUCAAUAUGAUUCUACUCAACAUUUGCUAAUAAUUAUAUAUUUUAACUGGUUGCAUGUGACUAAACGUAUACUUGUAUGGACGUCAGUUGCUGUGCAAACAUGCGUAUACUCGGACCUCGAUUAACAGGUAAUAUUGGGGAUACAUGAAAGCACCUUACCGCCAGACGAUUUUACUUGUCAAAGGGAGAGCGCUGGCGCUCAAUAAGUUAGUAAUAAUAUAUCACUCUAAAGAUCUGGCUUUGCGCGGAUUGAAAGUUAUGGAAGUAUCAUGGUAUUUCUAUUAUAUUUUUUUUGUUUUCAAUUUAGAACUUGCUUCAUGUUGUUCAAAACCUGAUAGCCUUGCAGUUGAAGGAAAAAUGCUUGCUCUUGGCACAGUUCUAACAUGGCCAAAAGAUAUAUAUGGUUGUCGCAAAAGUAGUACAGCCCGACCUAACACCACAUCAACAUAUACAUCAAAGCAGGCCUGGGUUAAUGCACAAUCCAGGACACAUUUCUGUCCUAAAUUAACCCAAGCUGCAAACAUCUGUGUCGAAGCCAGGCCUGCAAUGAUGCCAACUAGCGUGAAUGGGGCUGUAAAGCAGACAUCAAAUGUAUUACCAGUAAAAAAGUUUGUGAGUAUGGUCUGGUUGUCUUUAACUCAUGUUUUCAUGCAUCUCAAUCCAUGAUUAAUCAACCUUUAUGCAUCAAAUUAUGCUCUAACGGUCAUGAUAACUGCAGCAAGAUAUUAAAAACUCCAAUAACUCCAAGGAAUUUAUCGAUCUAAAAAUUGUUGCUACAACUUGGUGUAAUGUCUAAUGAUAUGCGAAACAUGUAAUUAAAAUAAUCAAACCUUUCAGCAAUCCAGGUUUCGUAAUAAUAACAAAUUCUGUGAUAUAAAUUUUAGAUAAAAUAUAUAAAUUUUAUGUUUUUCAUUCGAAAUCCCUCGAGUAGUCCAGUAUUUUUGUACAGGAUUAAAUAAUGAUUUUUAUUGGCUCUUUUCGACAACAGCUUUUGUGUUUAGAAAUUGCUUCGUUCUUUUGAAAACCUCCGUCCAAAUAAAAGUCUUGAUCAGCUGCGUACUGAUUAGUCCAGUUUCCCUGGACAAAACCUGCAGUGUUUUAAUGAAAUACUGAUCACUAGCACUGGAAGAUUAGAACCCCAGUCCCAAUGUUCCUGUCUCAGAAUCUGAACUGUCCCUAAUUGUGUAAUUCAACCCUUUGGGUUGCAAGGCAAUUGACUAAAUAAAUCUAUCUAUGGCUACCCAUAACAGAUCUAAUAUAAUCAAUAUGUAUAUACAGGCGUUUUGAUUCAUGACGAUGUUAUUUAUUUCUAGGAAGAUGACACUGUGGAAGAUUCAGAUCUUGACGACACUGGAAAAGACACUGAAUUGGAUAAAUUUUUUGCUUCGAUUUCAAAAUAUUUAUAA